AUCAGGAGCCCACGCUGAUUGAACCAUCUGAAGGGCAGUGGACGUUAUAUUACUUUUUAACCAUUGUGUAAAGAAAGCUUUUUCACAAUCGAUAAAGCGGGGGCAGAACGCUCAACUGUGUGUGGACAAUUACACUCUGGGUGCAAGUCGCGGUUGAGAUGAAGCUUAAUUUCCUCAGUUUCCUCUUGGCUAUCGCCCUCCUGGAGAAUGGUGCCUCGGCUCUUCAGAGCGGCCAGGUUUUGUCUGUGGUACCAGAGUCUUCCAAAGAAGUUAAAACGCUCCAGAACUUGACAACAGCAUUUGAGGUUUUUCUCUGGCAACCAGUUGCUGCAGAAUUCAUUACGGAAAGCAAAGAGGUCCAUUUCUUUGUCAAUCAGUCAGAUAUCAAGGAGAUAAAGGAUCUUUUAAAUCGGUCAAAGAUCUCAUUCAGAGUCUUGGUGGACAAUGUCCAAGAUCUUAUUGAAAAGCAGACACACAGAGGCCCAGCUCAUCCCCGGAGCUCUUCAUCAUACUAUGAGCAGUAUCACAAUCUGAGCGAGAUUUAUGAGUGGAUGGGAGACAUGACUGAGAAGUACCCCGAUAUGCUUGAGCAAAUACAGAUUGGAUCCUCUUAUGAGAAACGUCCACUUUAUAUUUUGAAGCUUUCUGGGAAGGAAAGGACAGCAACAAAUGCCAUAUGGAUUGACUGUGGCAUUCAUGCUAGAGAAUGGGUCUCGCCUGCGUUCUGUCUGUGGUUUGUAGGCUAUGCUACCCAGUUCUACGGGAAAGGAAAGGCGAUUACCCAGCUUCUAAAAAGCAGCAACUUCUAUAUUAUGCCAGUGCUGAACGUGGAUGGCUAUGAAUACUCCUGGGCAACGAAUCGGAUGUGGAGAAAGAAUCGUUCUUUGCAUAAGAACAACCGGUGUGUUGGGACAGACAUGAACAGGAACUUUGCUUCAAAAAACUGGUGUGAGGAAGGUGCAUCCCAAAAUUCAUGUCAAGAAAUUUACUGUGGUCCUUACCCAGAGUCUGAACCUGAAGUUAAGGCAGUGGCAAGUUUUUUAAGAAGCAAUAUGAACCACAUUAAAGCAUAUAUAAGCAUGCAUUCUUACUCUCAGAUGGUGCUGUUUCCAUAUGCCUAUACCAAACGCAAAAGCAAAGAUCAUACGGAACUGUCUAAACUGGCAGGCCAAGUAGCUCAUACUAUUCAAAAAAAUAGUAAGAAUAUUAAUUACCGGCAUGGCCCUAGUGCAGAAAUAAUCUACUUAGCUCCUGGAGGUUCAGAUGACUGGGCUUAUGAUGCAGGCAUCAAAUAUUCUUUUACUAUUGAACUUCGAGAUACCGGCAGAUAUGGAUUCUUGCUUCCACAGAGGUUCAUUAAGCCAACUUGCAUUGAUGCAUUGUCUGCUGUGUACACAAUAGUCUCCCAUGCCACCAGAGGGAUGUAAUAAGUUCUAGUUUAAAGUCAGUGUUUCCAUGUUUUAACAGUGAUAGCUGGCACACACUGAUGGUAGGGAUUUUGCCUAGCUUUGGUUUUUUUUUUCCUCUUUAAAAUUCGUUUGGAGAAAAGGACCAACUGCCCUUUUUGGGCUUCCCCAUGAGCUAUAUUCAGGAUAAAUCCUAUUUUUUGAAUGAGAUAAAUACUUCAUCUUUCUCCUGGCUAGACUAUGUAAUUUUUUUCCGCCUCGAUAAAGACAAAAGGCCAAUUUCUCCCUCUAUGCAAUACGUGGUUUCAUUUCCCAUCACAAUUUCAAUAAUGAAAGUAGCAGUUAGUGUACUUAGAAUGGAUUUGGUUGAUGAAAUUUAUAUUGUGAAAAACAAUAAAACUGCUGACUCAAUGAA